UUUUUAAUGAAGAUGAGACGCCAGGGCUUGGACACAUGUCGCUGCCUGAGAAGGGCAGGACUAAUCCAGACUCGCAUUCCAUCAAAAAAAGGUCUCACAGGGCCUCACGCAGCAUGUGGGGACGUGUGUUCAUUUCCACUGUGACGCUCUCACUGAUGCGGAUUUGGGAGUGUGUAACCCUGUUCUGUAUCUUCAUGAUCAGCCCACCACACAGCAGCACGUCCACCAUCCAGCAGCAGAAUCAAACACCUCUUCCAGCUAGUGUGAUCCGUUUGGCUGAUGUUACCGUACAGCCGUGCGGCCAAGCCAAGACCAACAGCAAAGUCCAGCAGGAUCAAAAGAAAACGAGGGGCUUUCCUGAAGGAAAAAGCCCUCUGGACCCUCUCUCUAUUAGUCCAGUGAAGCCAAAAAGAAACCAGAAAGAGAGGCAGAGCAGGAGGAUCAAGGGCUCUCAGAAAAGCCGAACAGGAGCUGGUUCACUUCAGAUCACGACUGGGCAAAACGGUUCAUUCACCGAGUUCAGAUCUGGGGAGAGCAGCUCUGUAGAUCCAACUGAAAAGAGCAACAACACCAACCAGCAGCGUGUGGAGAUAUCCGGAGCCACUGCUCACAUCACUGACACGGAGAAAAAGCCAUCUGGCAGAACUAGAACUUCCAAACAGGGUGCCAGGACCGGCUUCGGUCUUCCAGUCGAUCGCAUCGGGCUUGGACGUCUACCAAGUGGAAGGCGCUAGGAAAUCAAAAUUUUUGCUGAUUAUUUCUUGAAUAGUACAUUGUUUAGUUUAUGUUUAAAUGCUAAACUUUUAGGAGAUUCAGAUUUCAGAUUGUUUGCAGUGGAAAAUCUAUUGAUUGUCUGAUAAAUCACUGUAAUAUUGUGUUGCACUGGGUAUCCAGUACAGGAAGUAUUUGUUUUCAUGCAAAAAAAAUGGCAUGAGUAGAUCUUUGGUUGAAUUUUGUGAUUUAUUUGAUGCAGUAAAGAACUAUUUUUCAAAAAAAAA